AUGGGACAGGCUGAGGAGGUAGAGAAAGCGGUAAAGAAGGUCCGGGAUGAUCGCCUGCGGGCUGAGCAAGAACGCCGUGACUUACUUCAACGAGGUUCUCGUGAAGCCAAGAUGAAGACGCAGUUGGCCUUGGCGACCAAACGUGCCAAGAAGGCCAAAACCUUGGACCUUUGCUUCGUGGUGGAUUUGACUGCCUCCAUGCACUGGUGGCUACAGACCUUGAUUGAAAAAAUGGAGGAGAUCAUCCAGGACAACCUGCAAAGCAUGGGUGACCUCGCAAAGGUCAACGUGGGAUUCGUUGGCUACAGGGAUUAUGAGGAUGAGUCUCAGAACUUGGUUCAUCCCUUCACAACGGAUGUGAACGAAAUGAAAGCUUUCUUGCGGAAGUUGGAAGCUGAAGGUGGUGGUGAUCAGUGCGAAGAUGUGCUGGCAGGGCUGGAGAAGGCUGUACAGCUUGAGUGGUCAUCGACUGCCAGGGUCUUGUGCCUGCUGAGCCAGACACCUCAUCAUGGCUGGCGCUUUCAACAGGACUUUCAGGUGGCAGCAGAUCUGCAGACCAUCCGAGCUGCUGUGGCAGCUGAGGAAGCCCAGAAAUGGUUGAGCACUCGGUUCUACGACCUGUAUGCAGAGGAUCCACGUCAGUGGGACCCCAUGGAUAAGGCUGUUCAGGAGCUUCAAGCAAAGGGUGUCCAGAUGGUCGUGUUGCGGCUGGGCUCAAUAACUGAGAAGAUGAUUGAGGUCUUUAGGCAGAAGUACCAGAACAGCAAGCCAAAUGCCUUGAAAUUGCAAGUCUAUGAUGCCAAGCAGGAUGCAAGGCAGCUGCGCUUCAUAGUGUCUUCUUCGUCAGUAGCCUCGUAUGGAACUUCAAUCUUGAAAAUGAGUCAGGCGCCAACGAUUCUUCGGGAAAAAUUGAAGCUUCCAGUGGAUGAUGCUCCCCCUGACUGGGACAAAGUGCAUGAAUGGCAAUCUGUGGAUGCCCAUCUCUACACCUACUUCAUUGAAGACGUGGAUGAACCUCCGAAGAAAAGCUGCAAAGCCUUCCGGGCCUUGAUUGCUCCCAAACCUUUUGGUAAGGGUGCCAUGCGAUUUGCCUUCCACAUGGUGGAUGAAGAGAAUCCCAACCGGAAGUAUGUGGGCAAAGUGUACCAGUUUGACGACAUUGCAUUUCAACAGAAGUCCACUUAUGAAGGGGACAUGGGGUCGCAGGCAGUGGCCUCCUACCUAGCCAAGGAAUUCUCUCUCCGAUACCCUGAGAGUCCCAUUGAAUUCGUUCCAGCUCAGCUGUUGGACUUGGGUGCUUCCAGCGCGUUUCCUUUUCGAUUCAUGGCAGUAGAGCCGUGGAUCCCGGGAAAAUACGAGAAAUACACUUCCAAUGCUGGGCAUAUUACCAAGGAUUCCCAUGUGGCGCAAGCCUACAGCCAUUACACCUGGGACUUCACAAGUGGUGAACUCAUGGUCGUUGACAUUCAAGGAGUUGGGAACACCCUUACGGACCCACAGAUCCAUUCCCUGGACACGGACCGCUUUGGCCGUGGAAACCUGUCCUGCAAGGGCAUGGAUGCUUUCUUCAUGAACCAUGUGUGCAAUGACAUCUGUCGAACUUUGAAGCUCGAACCUCAUCCCCAUCAGCCAGGAUCCGCUCCACAUGAACCUCCUCAGCAUCUUCAAUCCAUUCUCGAAGAUGAGGUGCAAAAUGAUGAAACUCUCGGAGGCCCAGAACUUCAGGUUGAUUGGAUGCCAAUGCCUGACUCCAAGCUGGCUGCUUUCUUGGAUGCAGUCAGAAAGGAUGCUGAAGACUUGGCUAGCCAUGCGGCUUCAGAGACAGAGAGUUCCUCUCUGGGUUCCAAGCUGGCUUCUUUCCUGCAUGGAGCGGUACAGAACUCAGGGCCUCAAGAAUGUUCUUGUCUAGGGGGCGCAGUUGUUUGCUGGAAAGGCGAAGGAGGCCCUCAGAUUAUAGAGGUCAAGAAGGACUCACCGGCAGAGAAAGCUGGGUGCGAAUCUGGUGUGAUGCUGAAGCUCGUGGGCGGCCAGCCUGUGGCACAGAUGCCAAAGCAAGAAAUCCUGCAACUCCUUGCGGCAAAAAACAACAUGAUUCUUUGCGUGGCAACUGUUCAGAAGAUGCAGGCAAUGUUUGAGAGGCGCAAGUUACAGGAACGAAGGCAUGGUGGGUUGGGAGCUUUGCUGGCUUUGCAAGAGCUGCAGAGUAGGCUUGCAUUGGACCUUGAUCGGCAUCUAUCAAGAGCCAGUCCAUGGCAAGGCUUGAGGGCCCUUGUGAAGGAGUUGGAGGAGGAGACUUCUGAGGAGCACAAAGUGGAAGUCCAAAAGCAUUUCUUCUUGGAUGCAGUUCGCGAUGACGCGGCCAAACGAGUUCAGACGCCAGAAGCUGCAGAUGGAUGGGAUGAGCAGCGUGCUGUAACGUGUGACACCUUGGCCGGAGCAACAUUUGCCUGGACGUCCCCACCUCAGGUCACAGCAAUUGUACCUGGUGAAAUUCUUCAUGAAGUUGACCAUAUGAAUGUCAAGUCCCUUACGCGUGAACAAAUUUUGAAGAAGUUGCAAGGCUGCUCCAGCAUGCAGAUGCAGAAGCGAGAGCGCAAACCGCACAAAGAAUUUCCUGCAGGAUUUGAUGGCCAAACAGGUUUGGAGACAAGUACCCUGGGACCAGUGGCUGUCACAUGGUCUGACCCACCUAUGGUUCUCGGCGAAGAGCCUGUCCCCCAGGUGCUUCUGGCCAUCAACGGCAAGAGGGUCUUUGGCAUGCCCAAACAGAAGAUGAUUGAGUUGGUUGAAAAUUCGCCAGAGUCACCAGACUCUGGGUUUGAGAUGGCUUCUGUGUUUAAGAUGACUCUCCUUGAAGAUUUGCCUGGCCACAGAGAAGGCAUUAGGCAUUGCCUCAAAACAGAAAAAGUCCCCGUUCACCUUGGUGUCCGAUGCUCGGGUUGUGGCCACAAGCCUUUGGUCGGAGCAAACUUCACGUGCAAGAAUUGCGCAACGCAUUACUGCAGUGCUUGCUUCAAGGGCCGUGCCCAUGCCCAUUCACCUGCGCACAAGUUCGCAGUUCAAGAUUUUCCAGGGACAACUCCCAGUGAUGCACCUGUGGCUCCCAAGAUCAGCGAAGGUUCCACUGUGGUGGUCAUUGGAACAGGCAAGAAGCAGUUGGAUGGGCAACUGGGCUUGGUCACCGCUUUGACCUCGACCUCCUCAGGUGCUCUUCCGCUCUGGUCCGUGCUGAUGGAUGGCAGCUGUGAGGCUGUAAAUCUUGAGGCCAAGCACCUUUUUUUGCGCCCUGACCAGGAACGCCGAGCCAGCGCUGCUGCCUGUGAAUUGCCUCUACCACCUGCUGAACCCAAGGAGGAUCCAAAAGUGCCAGCUUCUUUGAAACCCAUUGAUCCUCUUCUCAUGGUGCGUAAGCACUCUUUGAGGGAACUUCGGCAAGUUGAGGGGCAAGAGGCCUUGGAGCGCUUUAAAUCCCAGGGAACUCGCAUGGCCCGAAAGAGCUCUUUCCUGUGCAAAGGAAUGUGUGGCACCAUGGUGCCAAAGGACCACCAGGAGUACAUCAAAGAAGGUCAGCUGGCGAUGUGUGAAGCUUGCAUGAAGAAAUCACGAGAUGCAGAGAAGAAGACAACUUGCGGAAAGUGCAAGCAGGAGUUUGUGUACUCCCAGUUUUUUGUGGAUCUUCCUGAAAGUUCUGGUUUGCCAUCAUUGUGCCAGGAAUGUCAAGAAACCGAGUGGGCAGUUAUCAGCCCGCCCAAAUCUGAGCCGUGA